AUGGCGGACAAAAAGGUCGGCCCAAACGUGGGCUUCGACGAAAAGAACUCAAAUCUGUGCAGCACUUGCAGAAAAGUGGACUUCAAGUCACUAUUCUGGUCUCAUGACUGUGAGGUAGAUGCAUCGCUGCAGCGCAACAGAUGGGUCAACUGCGAUACUCAUCGGCCAAAGUGCCGCUUGCUGGGCAAGUUGAAUAGCCAGGCGUCUGGUUGUUCGUUCUGUGCUUUUCUGUAUCAGUGCCAAGUUCGCUUGAAUCUGAGUCCCACGAAACAAGAACAUUGGCGCUGCAGUAUCAGGCCGGAAUGUUCACUGGAAGACUUUCUACCAAAGCUUCGCAAGCCGAGCGACCCCUUCUUACAAGACGUUGCGAUUUUGCAAAUUUGGAAAGUCCAACUGACAGGAAGUGGCAGAUUUAUUCAGUCUCAGCUGAUGCCGCAGCCCAUUUUGCGUGUGGUUGACAGUAGCAGCAAAACCCUGAUACGAAAUAAACGUGCCGGCGGUGGACUUCAAGGAAGAAAACUUGAUCCUAACAAAGUCAACUUGAAUCUCAUCGAGCAAUGGCUAACGCUCUGCCGGUCGACACAUUCCCAUUGCGAAGACGUGGACGCAGGCAGAAUACCAGGGCUUCUCGUUAUUGACUGUACUACGAACCACGUCGUCCCUCUCCCACUUAGACAGGAGGCUGCCGAUCAGGUGGCAAACUAUGUUACGCUCAGUUACCUUUGGGGCACAGCUGAGGCAACCGGCGGGUCAGUUGUUCAAUCGAUCAACUGUGAUGGUGUUAGCGUUCUUGCUCUUCCUACUCAGAUACCCCUAGUCAUCAGUGACGCGAUACGGGUUGUAAAGCAACUGGGAUACCGAUAUCUGUGGGUAGAUAGGUACUGUAUCCCACAAGAAGACGGGGCCGCCAAGCACAUACAGAUCCUGAACAUGGGAAGGAUAUAUUCAAAUUCGAUUCUUACGAUCAUUGCAGCAGCUGGUGAUGAGCCAGAAUACGGACUUCCAGGCUGCAAAUCAACGACGAGAUUUCUCGUACUAUAUGAAUCACCAACGGAUCACAUCACCAAUUCGAAAUGGAAUACCCGAGGUUGGACAUACCAAGAAGGCCUUUUGUCGAAGCGAAGGCUUGUCUUCACAGAUCUUAUGGUCUACUUUCAGUGUCAGGAAAUGCAUGGCGAUGAAGUCCUGUCCCUUCCCAUUCCUGAACCAGGAGAAGGUUUUGAUGCGAUUCGUCCACUUUUGCUCAAGAAAUCCGAGUUUGGGAUGGUAUUUCCGAAAGUGACCGACUGGGACGACCCUUUCACGGCCUGGGAUAGAAUCAGUGAAUACGGACCGAGAGAACUUGGUCACGACUCUGAUGCCUUGAACGCCAUCAGUGGUGUGAUGGAAAUGUACGCGCUCGCAGCGGGAGACUCGGCGUUCAAGUUAUUCUGUGGCUUACCCGUUUUGUCUAUUCGCUCAUGGGCGAAAUAUGAUCGUUUAUACAGCGAGCCACAGGCAUUGAACUUUCGCACAUCGUUUGAAGAUGCAGACGCGUUCAAAGAAGCAUUCAAGGCCCAGCGGACUGACGACAAUAACCUUACUUUCAGCCUGGCUUUCAGUCUAUGCUGGAGUCACGGAUGGCGCGAAUCGUUUGAUUUACCAGCCAGCUUCGAACGGGCCCGAAGAAAAGUGUUUUGCAGCUGGACAACGGCUGGUUGGAGAACCAGAAAGGUUAAGCCCAGGAGAAUUAACCUUUUUGACAGUUGCUUGAGAAUCAGGGUGCAGUACAGUGGUGAACUGUUACUGAAUUGGGAGGAUGAUAACCCAAGGAUUCUUGAUCUGUCACGUAACGGAAAGAUACCGCUGAGUCUCAAUAUUACGGGCCUGGUUAUGGAUGUACAGAUGGUAUGGCAAGAACAUCCAUUAGACCCGGACGAAGAUGGAUGGGUAAUUACACGACCUUUCGAAACAAGUCUAGGAUCUCCUCAAUGGCUAUUUGAAGAAGCGGUUUCUGGCAAAGGAGAUUGCUCAAAACUUCUCUUUCUGAUCGUGGGAUGCGAUUACGAGCUUAAUUUGUACGAACCAUUGACACUUUCAGGGAUGAUACUUAGGCCGGUGACAAGGUCGUCAGAGGGGGAGGUUCGCACAUUUUACGAGAGACUGAACAGUUGCUUAAUCGAAGUGAGCAAAGAUGACUGGCCACGAUUGGCCAGCUUGACAAGGGAAAUGGAGGUACGGCUGAUAUAAGACAUAAUGUAAAGGGUAGUUCCGGUUCACUGUUGUGCUGAACACGACCAUUGUCGAGUGGCAUGUAUGCUGCUCGGUAUGAGCUUCCUAGGGCUUUCGUUAAUUGUUAUCCAUUUUCCUUUCCCUUUGUUUCUUAUCUUGUUCCUACCGUUAACUUAACCAAAUGGC